AUGCUGCGGCACGGCCCUGGUUUUACAGGCCAGGAUGAGCCGCAGGCCCCAGGCAGCUGGGUGCUCGGAGCCCUGCUCUCAGAGGCCGCCGCCGUGCUGACCACGCUGGCCAACGUUUUCGCGCGAAGAGCCUUCACCGGAUCGGAGCCUGGGGGAGUCCCCGACUGGCGCCAAGCCCGCGGCGCUCCGCCCGGGGCUCGCACCCGACGGCGAGACCGAGCGAAGGGCAUUAUUCGCAGCUACCGCGCAGGCACCUGGUGGAGCUGGUGCCUGCUGAAGUGGGAGAAGGUCUCACAGCGCUGCUGGGACUUCCUCGAGGACGCCAACAUCUGCAAAGGCAACCGUGCUGCGCAGCUGGACAGGCCUUAUGAAGAUGAGCCGGACGAGCGGGCGGCGCCAGACGCCCGGCGGCGCGCGCCGCUGCAGGUUCUGGAUGUGGGCCUGGUGGAAGUCUUCUGGAAGGCGGACAUGUGGUGGAGCUUUGUCUUCCGAGGACUUGGCGUCAUUCUCUGGUGGGAAGCGGGAUGUAAGGCUCCGGUGACGACUGUAGCUCCGCUCUUCCUGGCAGUGCUGCUCUUUUCCAACAUGGUGUGCGGACCUACGUUGCUGAGGGAGCAGUACCGCAGCUACGAGGUUCAGCUGACGCUGGUCUGCCUGCUGAUGAUCCUGGCUGCCGCCUACGUGGAGUCGCAGAUCUUCAACGGGAAGAUGUCGAUUCGGCUGGUGAACCUCCAGAACAUUCAGACGCUCGGCUGCGGUAAGAUUUUCGCGAUCACCUUCAGCAUCAUCGGGUUCUUCCUCGCCUUCGGGUAUUACGGCUGGACUGUGAUCCACCAUCAGCUCUACUCUCGCGAGCGGUUUUGCUCGGAUGCGUCACCCUUCGACUUCUACAGCAAUGCCAUGCUCGGGUACUCUUCAGCUGUGCCGGUCUUGUCUGGCUUGUUGUCCGGGGCCACAUACUUUGAAGGGUAUUUGGGCCUUCCGGUUUGCAACGUACUCAACUCCUUCCAGAUCAACUUGCAGCAGAUGGUGAACCUGGUGGCCGUGCUGCCGUUGCUGGUGGGCUCUUUGUUCUGCUCCCUCGAGGGCGCGCGCCGCUUUGAUUGCCGCUACUUCGUGCCAGCUUCCUCUACAGUAGGCUAUUUGGUGGCGUCCUUCAUGCGCAUCUUGCUUGUUGGUAAGCUCAACGUAGCCACCGGCAGCUUGGUGUUCUGCCUUUUGAACCACGUCCUGCUGGUCUGCGUCCCUUUCCUUUGCAUCUCACGUCGACCUGCAUCGAUUCAGCUGCCCCACACCUUGAAAGAGGAAGUGGAGUCAGAGCCCACCGCUGGCUCCACCAGCACAGAGCUGAAAAGCCAUGGCACAGUGGACUCACUUGAGAUGCAUGCGACCCCGCUGCUGGAGUGCGAUGACCAGGACGCCUCCACAAGUGCGGCCCGCACGGUGAUCCAGUCCUUCCAGCGGAUCGCCGUGCUGAAGUUGACACCCCCGAGGAGCAGAAGACUUUGA